AAGAAAUUAAAUAGGCGCGGUAGGCAUGCUCCCCAAGGACUCGGAUGAAUCAUGUUUGGUUAGGACAAAAUUGCCCUCCAUCACUUUCCUUGUUAGAGUUGGUUUCUGCAACCUACCAUGCAAUUCCUCACCUGAAUCCGUUUUCUAUUGCCACGUUGGAUCGAAAAGUCUAGUUUAACCACACGUUUGUGGUUGUAGUGGAAGCGUAACGAAGAUGAAUGGCAUUGGGAAACUCAAAUCGUCGAGUUCUGAAUUGGACCUUCACAUUGAAGAUUACCUACCUUCUGGAUCCAGUGUUCAACAAGAACGGCAUGGCAAGCUCCGACUGUGUGAUUUGCUAGACAUUUCUCCUAGUCUAUCUGAGGCAGCACGUGCCAUUGUAGAUGAUACAUUCACAAGGUGCUUCAAGUCAAAUCCUCCAGAACCUUGGAACUGGAAUGUUUAUUUGUUUCCUUUGUGGUGCUGUGGAGUUGUGGUUCGAUAUUUGAUUUUGUUCCCUAUUAGGAUUCUAGUGUUGGCAUUAGGAUGGAUUAUAUUUCUUUCAGCCUUCAUUCCAGUGCACUCCCUCCUGAAAGGAAAUGAUGAUUUGAGGAAAAAGAUUGAGAGGUGUUUGGUGGAGAUGAUGUGCAGUUUCUUUGUUGCAUCAUGGACUGGGGUUGUCAAGUACCAUGGGCCAAGACCUAGUAUCCGACCAAAACAGGUUUUUGUGGCCAAUCAUACUUCCAUGAUUGAUUUCAUUAUCUUAGAACAGAUGACUGCAUUUGCUGUUAUUAUGCAGAAGCAUCCUGGAUGGGUUGGAUUAUUGCAGAGCACCAUUUUGGAGAGUGUGGGGUGUAUCUGGUUCAAUCGUACAGAGGCAAAGGAUCGAGAAAUUGUGGCAAGGAAAUUGAGGGAUCAUGUCCUGGGAGCUAACAAUAACCCUCUUCUCAUAUUUCCUGAAGGAACUUGUGUAAAUAAUCACUACUCUGUCAUGUUCAAGAAGGGUGCAUUUGAACUUGGCUGCACAAUUUGCCCAGUUGCAAUCAAGUACAAUAAAAUUUUCGUCGAUGCUUUUUGGAAUAGUCGAAAGCAAUCAUUCACCACUCAUCUCUUGCAAUUAAUGACAUCUUGGGCUGUAGUUUGUGAUGUUUGGUACUUGGAGCCACAAAAUUUGAAGCCAGGAGAGACACCCAUUGAAUUUGCAGAGAGGGUUAGAGACAUAAUCUCACAUCGUGCUGGGCUUAAAAAGGUUCCUUGGGAUGGAUAUCUGAAGUAUUCUCGCCCUAGUCCCAAGCACAGAGAAGGAAAGCAACAAAUAUUCGCUGAGUCUGUGUUGCGGCGCUUUGAGGAAAAAUAAUGUAUAUCUUUUUACUUUUUCAGUAAUGAUUUUCUCCAACCCUUGUUUGUACUCCACUUACUACUAUGAUAUACAUGUAGAUCUUACAUGAAGUUGCCUGAAAAUUUUCCAUGACCAGUUGCGCUCUGUUAUGGACAAAACUAACAGGAACUAUUCAUUUUUAGGUAUGAAAACUUUUUGCAGUUAAGACAAUUUGAAUCUCGAUAUGCCUAUCUAAAUUGUUACUAUUUAUCCAA